ACAAAAUGGCAAGAAAACACUGCCCAGCUUUUUUGGUAUAGAAGGAGGGCAGGAGAGAGAUACAACCACAGACAAAAUCCUGCAAUAUAUUCCAGGAAAGAAUAUUCAGAACCAGGAAAACCAGAAAGAAAACUUGGACCAGAGGUUCCCCAGCCUGUUCAAGAAGGGACGAAGGAAAACGGUUGUCAGGAAUCUGGGCAAAAUGAUCUAUUACUCCAAGGUCAAGUUUAAGUUCCAGCACUGCCAGGAGGUGAAUGACUGCUUCUUGGAGCUGUUCCAGUCUUACCUGUACUUCCAGUCUAUGGGCUCCAAUGGACUCACCUACCAGGGGCUGCUGCCUUUGAAAGAGCUGAUUGUGUGUGAAAUUGAGAAUGGGAAGAGCACUGGGCAGGAAGAUCACGCCUUCCGCAUCGCAGGUCCUCUGCUGAAUCCUCUUAUCGUGUUCUGCCCUACUGAGUCAGAGCUGAAGCAGUGGCUUUAUCACCUGGAGAAACAGAUCCAGCUAAACGGAGGAGGAAGCCUUGGCUUGCCCUUCCUCUCUCAGGAUGACUGGAAGCAGAGCUCCAUGGGGAAGGAGGAGCUGCGGUGGUCCGUGCAAAACAUGCCUGUCCAGGAGUGGAGGGGAACCCAGCGGGAAUCCCUAGGCAAUGUCCUCUGUGUUUCCAAAGUGAAGCUUCAGCAUCUGCCUUUCCAGGAGCAGCAUGACCGACUCUUGGUGCUUUACCCGUCCACACUGGUGAUAGUAUCUGAAGAGUGCAACGGCCUCUGUUUUAAGGGCGAGCUGCCACUCAACGCCAUCCAAGUGCUUUUUGAAGAGAACGAGAAAACCUCCUUUUUAAUAGAAGGGCGGCUGAUCAAUUCGAUCCGGGUGAUCUGCUGCAGCUACGAGGAUUACCGGGAGUGGCUCUACUGUCUCAAAACAGCCCAGUUUCGAAACGCCGACUCCUCCCUCUCUGGAUCAGAGAGUUUCUCGGGAUCAAAGCUGCCACACCCCAGCCAGUUUGCCGGCAGCGGGAGAGGGUCACUCACUUCUGAUGGCCGUACAAACUCCUGGGCAUCGGCAGGGAAAGUGACCACCUUAACGCACCUCUCCCAGAACAGCGGCUCUCUCCCCGAUGGACAGUCCUUCGUGCUGAUGCCUGAGAGCAGGGUGCUCGAAGACCCCCUCUCCCCUGGCUAUUCCCAGCCUCUCCAUUGCCUGGCACACGCCAACCAGCCAAGCACGGGGCUGCCCACACAGGACCUGCAGAGGGGAGGCAGUGCUAGAAAGUCCAAGGGCAAAUGUGGGCCUUGUGGCCAGCAGCUGCCCAGCCAGGACACGGAGAGGACCAUGUGCAGCCUCAUUCCCGAAAACCUCAACGGCGAGCUCCUAUCCUCAGUGUACAGCGAGCCGUACUCCGCACCCAGCCCGCAGCAUCGCCCUGCAGCUCCCUCGGCACGCCUGGACCUGAGCCAUCUGAACAGAUGGAGCUUGGUGGGAAGUCAGCCCUCGACAGCCUCCAGCUCGCUGGAGAAGCCGGCCGUGUCCCGCUCCCCCUCGUACGCCGACCCCUAUACGCCCCGCUGCCCCAGCGCUCGCAGCACGGCAGGCUUCAGCUUCCUGGAAGAGGUCUCUUCUCUGCGAGAAGAACAUCUGGGCUUUUCACUGCAGCCACCAGAUGGGAAUGUCGGCAUUUACGACCUGCCUGAGGCCAGCUGCCAGCGCCGUGACUCUGCAGCCUCCCAUGACUAUGCCGAGCUCCAGAGCUUCCAGAGUGACUUCAGCUAUGACAACCUGUGGGAAGCCGAGGCGAAGGAGCCGGGCUCCCCACACGCCUCCCCAGCACCCAGCCAGCAGUUUUACCAGGUCUGA